AUUAAAGUUCAAUCCAGUCACCCGUCCAAAUCAGCCUCUUUGCAGGUUCAAUGUUAAUUCAACAAAGAGGGAAAUCCGGGAUUUCUGGUUUCUCACGUCUGUUGCGUGAGUGACUUGCGCCCUAGGCGGAAAAAAAGCCACUUCCUAAUACCAGUAAGUUGUGCGCUCCUGGAAAGUUGUGCGGCGGAUUGCAGGGAGGCAUCUCUCUGCUGUCUGUCGGGCUGCUCUCAGGAACGCAGCGGGAAGUGGAGGCAGCUCUGACUCGAACCAGGACGGAGUUCUUUUUUCUCAUGUUGUCGUGCUCGGCUUAAAAGUUGGAGUUGCGGGUGUUCUGCUGUGAGGGCAUGCCCAGCAGCCUGCACGGGACCGCGCACACGCCAGCGACCUCAGAGGAUUACUAGACUGAGAGCUUCAGCGCGACUCCUGCAUUGCCAUGGGCUGCAACAAGGUGAUGUGGGGAGUUGUAGGGGCGGCUGUCGUCAUCACGUUAAUAACGAUCCCAGCUGUUCUGUACAACAAAUCCGGGGCCACCAAAAGGCCGUUCACGCUUGCUGAUUACUUCAAUGACACCAUAGCCAAGAGGUCCUACAAUUUGUACUGGAUAUCAGAUAAGGAGUAUCUGCAUAAAACAAGGGACGGCAAUGUCUUUCUCCACAAUGCUGACACAUUGGAGACGUCACUAUAUUUGCCCAAUUCAACUUUUGCCAAAGUGGAUGCCACCGACUACUUCCUGUCAGGAGAUUAUAAGUACAUUGCAUUUGAAAACAAUUACACAAAGAAUUGGAGGCAUUCGUACACAGCUUCAUAUUCCUUCUAUGACAGGGAAAAGUCAACCUUCAUUACACCGGUGAGCCUUCCUCCUGCUGUGCAGUACUUCACCUUUGCACCAACGGGAAACCAAUGUGCCUACGUCUUAGAUUUCAACAUUUAUUUAAAGUCUGACGUCACUGCUGAAGCUUUACAGGUGACGGAUAAUGGGAAAAGGAAUGAGAUUCUCAAUGGUAUCCCUGACUGGGUGUAUGAGGAGGAAGUGUUUGCGUCGAAUGGUGCAAUAUGGUGGUCCUCAACAGGGAAAUUCUUGGCUUAUGCAGAAUUUAAUGAUGUCGAAGUUCAGAAAGUGGAGUUCUCUUGGUUUGGAUCAGAACAAUAUCCUGAGACCGUGUCUGUGCCAUACCCAAAGCCAGGAUCAAAUCUUACCAAGGUGAAACUGUUUGUUGUUAACACCACAAACCCAUCCCUCCGCUCACAGCUGGCUCCUCCUGCUUCGAUGGCCUCUGGUGAUCACAUUUUGUGCUCAGUGACCUGGGUUACAGAUGAACGCGUCGCUGUGCAGUGGCUCACAAGGAAACAGAAUCAUGUGGUUGUACAGAUGUAUGACCUCGAUGGAGGGAGCUGGAAACAAAAACAGAUACUUGAGCAAACGAGCAAGACGGGCUGGGUUGGCCAUUAUGUGCCCCUGCCUCUUUUCUUUGCUGAAGAUAAGAUCAGUUUUUACAAAGUGAUGAGCGAUACACAGGGCUACAAACAUAUCCAUCAUGUAAAAGACGGUAAAGCAACACCCAUUACCUCUGGAAAGUGGGAGGUGAUCUAUAUAUCCAAAUUAACAAAGGAUGCCCUAUAUUUUGUGAGUAAUGAACACCAAAGAGCACCUGUAAAGAGAAAUCUCUACAAGCUUACGAUUGGAAGCAGCCCGUCGGCCCCCCAGUGCCUCACCUGCGACUUGUAUCCGGACAGGUGUCAGUACAACUCAGCUUACUUCAGCUUUGACGCUUCCUUCUACCGAAUGGAUUGCUAUGGACCUGGCUUGCCCCUCUACACACUCAUGGACAACAGGGGCUCAGGCUCAGAGGUCUCGGUUCUUGAGGACAACAAACUUCUGGAUAAUAUUCUCUCUGUGUUCCAAAUGCCCACAAUACAACAUGGCACCAUUAAAGUUGCUGGAUUUGAUCUUUGGUAUGAAAUGAUGUUACCUCCAAAUUUCCAGAAGUCCAGGAAAUAUCCUCUUCUUAUUGACGUAUAUGCUGGCCCCUGCAGUCAGAGUGUGAGCUACCGCAACAAGCUGAACUGGAGCACCUACCUUUCCAGCUCGCACGGGAUAAUUGUGGCUAGCUUUGAUGGAAGGGGAAGCGGGUACCAAGGUGACGAAAUAUUGCAUGCUAUCUACAGGCGCCUGGGUACGUUUGAAGUGGAGGAUCAGAUAACAGCGGCGAGGAAAUUCAUCGACAUGGGUUUCAUCGACAAAGAUCGAAUCGCAAUAUGGGGCUGGUCAUAUGGUGGUUAUGUCGCCUCGAUGGCCUUGGGAGCUGGUACAGGGAUGUUUAAAUGUGGGAUUGCUGUGGCCCCAGUUGCCAAAUGGGAAUAUUAUGAUGCUGUGUACACCGAACGCUACAUGGGCACGCCAUCAGAGAAUUCAGACUCUUACAAGAAUUCUACCGUGACAUCCAGAGCAGAAAACUUCAAGAAUGUGGAGUAUCUAUUGGUUCAUGGCACAGCAGAUGACAAUGUCCAUUUCCAGCAGGCUGCACAGAUCUCCAAAGCUCUGGUGAAUCAACAAGUGGACUUUGAGGCAAUGUGGUACACUGACAAGGACCAUGCUCUCCAGGGAUCAGCCUACCACCAUGUAUACACCCUAAUGAGUAACUUCCUGCAGAAAUGCCUCCUUACUCCCAAAUAAAUAAGUAAACAAACUCAGUUGGAAUAAAAAAAAAAAAAAGUCAGGUCAGUUUUAGACAUUUGUAUUGUCUGUCCAUGUUUCAUUGCUCAAACUACUGAGCAUUUGUAUUAUAUUUUGAAUUAUAGAACCGCUGUCUAAGUAUGUGACCACUGCAUGCAUUUAUAUUUGAGUGUGAUAACUUAUGGAGCAUGAAUUACACUGCACUGAUUUGCUGUGGAGUCGUAUCAGUUGUGAUUUAGUUAUGUUCUGAUGAGGGUGAAAUAAAUGUUGUUUUGAACCAUAAGUUUCUUUUCCUUUUUUAAAAUUUUUAGCUCUGUGCUGAAACAAACAGAUUAACCU